AUGUUUCCAACACCGUCUGUCAAGCCCCUGGCCCUCUUAAUUUAUGUGCUGUGGACGGUGCCCAUCGGCGUUGAGGGAAAGAAGUUCUCCUUCAGUACCAUCCGUGGAAAGAUUGGCGCCAUCGCGGGCAUUGUGAUAGGGAGUUUCAUUGGCGCCUCAUUUUUUCUUGCGUGCUUUUGUGGUCUUUGUUAUUGGUUUUGCGGCACGCCGCGUCGGCGGGGACCACAACACCCCAGUGGUGUAGAGCCACCGAAACUAGAAAGCGAGGGUGUGCAAGGGGCGAUGUCGCCCAGAGGAGAUGUAUCCCUUGGGGUGAGCGGCACGCAGCUAAACAUCCUGCCGGUCAGCCCUGAGAGAAUGUUGUUUGAUUGGUGUACGAUCAGUUUCACAGCGCUGCAUGUACUACUCUUUCCUGUCGAUAAUCCGCUAUUCUUACCUGAGACGUUCUGA